AUAUUUAUAGAAAAAAUAAAUUACAUCAAAUAAAACUAAAGUUGUUUUAAUACAGUCUUAUCAUAAUCACAAAAUAUUACAAUUGAAAUAGUUUAUAAAUAACAAUCAAAUCAAGACAAACAUUUACAUCGAUGUCUGAAACAUCCACUUGGAACAGUGUAUUUAGCUCUAACAUUAUAUAAAGUGAAUAUACAUUGAUAUUUUUAUUAUAGUAAUGAGGUUUAUUGGUAGACUACAGAGCUGGCUUCUGUAACUCAUUAUAUAAGUGCGUAAAGGGAGAUCAACUUUAACUCUAAAUAUUCUGUCAUCAUCUAUCAUUGUUUUCGUCGCUUUAUCGGUCUAUUGCACUUUUGAAAAGGGAAGGGUAAUCUAUUAUCUCUGAGAGUAACACAUACGUUCGGAAAUAUUCUGAACAUAUCCGUAACCUUUGUUAUAACUUUUUAACUUUUUUAAAAGUUAUAAAUAAACAGAGGAUCUAAUAUCGUUAUUAAUAACCAUUUCUUUAAGUGUAUUUGUAAAAAAUAUCCUGUUGAACCAUAUAUUCUCUAUAGUAUUGUUACGCCGACCGCCUCUCUACCUGCCACCAACACGAGGCAGGAUAGGCAGACGGCGUGUUAUCCACAGGGUCGUGAACACUGAACAGCUCCAAGAGGCACCGAGUACCACGCCGUCCCAAAACACCACGAGGGGAAACGCCACGGGCGAGGCAGGGCACGAAAGAAAAACUCACAAUCACAGUCUUUCCUUUAUUUACACCAGUUAUUUACCCGUACACUUUUCUAUAGGCACAAUGCAGGAGGUAAACCAGCACAUCACACUGCACAAUACAGCUUAUAACAGGGCAACACAAAGUAUAUCAGGCUGGAGAAGGGCACACGCGAGGUCAACACGGGAGCGGCACCAAAACUCGUCUCCGCGCCUGCUCUCGUUCCUCCCGCGCCUCAGCCACCCGCGUCCUCUUCAUGUCAACACACGCCAACACGCGUUCGCACGCGCUCGCACACGUUCGCACGCGCUCGCACACGUUCACACAGAGACAAAGACCCUCUGGCGUAGCAGUAUCAUUAACCAGUGAGGGUAAUAUGGUGUUCAUAAAAGGUUUGAAGCCCCCACGAUUAUCCUUGGCAUUACAAUAUUAUUUGAAAUGUAAAGGAACAUUGGGGUGUAUUGUUAAGCGAUUCACAUUCAAGUCUCUUUAUCGAUUAUACUGAUACAGAUAUCCAUGAAUAUUUAUUUUUCUUUAUCACACUGUACAGAGAGAUCUGUAGCUUUAGCGUAAAGAACCAGUCCGUUUACUGCUUUAGUAGAUUCAUCUUUUAUCUUCCUUCUCUAUUUUGAUAAGAUUAUUUUGCCUUUCUUUUUCCGCGAUGUUUUCAUUAUUUUUUAGAUUUUCUGAUUACAGCAACUGUAAAGAAAAUGGUUGCAUUUUUUUUUUUUUUUUUUUUUUUUUUUUUUAAAUCUUUGGCAUUACAGUAUUCCUUGCGUGAGAGAAAAAGAAAAGAAAAGGCUUUACCCUGUUCUCGAACAGUAUGACAGCAAGUCCAUAUUGUCAAUAUUGAGAUAUAUCUAUACGAGUCUGUCUUUUACUCUCUUUAUCGUGCUCUCGAUUAACACCAUCAAUAUUGUUGUUUUGUUGUUGCUAUUUAUAUUAGUCUUAUCUAACAUGGAGAAAGAUACACCAAUUGCUAAUAAUACAGAAAAAGUAUAUUCCCUACAGAAGUGAUCAUUUCUUUCUUCAGAUACAUUCGGACAUAUUCUACUUUCACUGACAUAGCCAAAGCUUAUUUUUUUAUAAACUAUAAAUUUGUCGUCGACGUUCUCCAUAUCUAUUAUCAUCGCUUACCACUUACUAAUAUUACUGUCAACAGUGUUUUUAUUGUUACUCUUACUAUCGGUAUUCUUAUUGUUAUCAAGACAAGAAUUAUGAGCAUUAAAUCAAUGGUGUACGCAUCUGUGUGCUUAUAGUCAACACAAACUGUUUUCUCGUUGUUAGUAUUAUAAAUGUUCUCAAAGGGUAAAAGGUAAUAUUCAUUACAAAGGAGACAUACAUAUUAUUAUUAAGAACUGUACGAAAAAUCUUUGUCGACAACUAUACAUAGCCUAUUCAAGCUGCAAAGAGCUCCAUUAAGUGCUGUUAUAUUUUGUUCAAGUGUUUUAUCAUUCCUAUUUCUCUUCUUUAUUAUAUCAUGUUUAUCCUCUUUAAUAUAUAUUUUAUCGGCAUUUACACCUAUAUGGUUCAGCGUUGAAUCACAUUAUACAUCUUUCUGUCCUGCCGCUGUAUCGUUUGGAUACUUUCUUCAACUUUUAAUUCUGUUAGCAUAAUUUUCCGCACCGACUCAUUUGUUGUUUUCUCGUCGGUAGAAAAAAAGUGUUCCCAAAAGGUAAAGGAUUAUAUUCAUAACCUCUAACUUCCUUAUAUUUCAACACUUUACCCUCUCCCCCACCCCUCCUUGGAUUUCUUCACCUCUUUACUACGUUAAUUCCGUUAAUGUAAGUUCGUCCGUGCGCUUUGCAUACUGUGUAACUUGAUGUUAUGAAUCUUCUUAAAGCAUUGGCUAUUAAUUGGAUAAUCAAGUUUGACUUUGUUAAAUCACAUCGUUCUGUCGUUUUCUCUGGUCUCUGGUCCACAAGCUAGGUAAGGAGUGGAGAUGUUGACUUUGUGGCGGCCGGGAGAGAAGUGAGUCUCGUGUGGAGGUACUCGAUCCUCGAAUGUGGGAGGGGCUUAGCAAAAUGAAUCCCAGCGUUGGGGAGCUACGACUAGUUUUGUGUGUGUAAAAUCUUACUUAGCGUCGGGGAGAUUCGACAAGUUUUGUAUGUGUGUAAAAUUUGACUUGGCUUCAGCGAGAUUUAACAUCUUACUGGUACUUUUUUUAUGAUAUAUUUAUAGAAAAAAUAAAUUACAUCAAAUAAACUAAAGUUGUUUUAAUACAGUCUUAUCAUAAUCACAAAAUAUUACAAUUGAAAUAGUUUAUAAAUAACAAUCAAAUCAAGACAAACAUUUACAUCGAUGUCUGAAACAUCCACUUGGAACAGUGUAUUUAGCUCUAACAUUAUAUAGAGUGAAUAUACAUUGAUAUUUUUAUUAUAGUAAUGAGGUUUAUUGGUAGACUACAGAGCUGGCUUCUGUAACUCAUUAUAUAAGUGCGUAAAGGGAGAUCAACUUUAACUCUAAAUAUUCUGUCAUCAUCUAUCAUUGUUUUCGUCGCUUUAUCGGUCUAUUGCACUUUUGAAAAGGGAAGGGUAAUCUAUUAUCUCUGAGAGUAACACAUACGUUCGGAAAUAUUCUGAACAUAUCCGUAACCUUUGUUAUAACUUUUUAACUUUUUUAAAAGUUAUAAAUAAACAGAGGAUCUAAUAUCGUUAUUAAUAACCAUUUCUUUAAGUGUAUUUGUAAAAAAUAUCCUGUUGAACCAUAUAUUCUCUAUAGUAUUGUUACGCCGACCGCCUCUCUACCUGCCACCAACACGAGGCAGGAUAGGCAGACGGCGUGUUAUCCACAGGGUCGUGAACACUGAACAGCUCCAAGAGGCACCGAGUACCACGCCGUCCCAAAACACCACGAGGGGAAACGCCACGGGCGAGGCAGGGCACGAAAGAAAAACUCACAAUCACAGUCUUUCCUUUAUUUACACCAGUUAUUUACCCGUACACUUUUCUAUAGGCACAAUGCAGGAGGUAAACCAGCACAUCACACUGCACAAUACAGCUUAUAACAGGGCAACACAAAGUAUAUCAGGCUGGAGAAGGGCACACGCGAGGUCAACACGGGAGCGGCACCAAAACUCGUCUCCGCGCCUGCUCUCGUUCCUCCCGCGCCUCAGCCACCCGCGUCCUCUUCAUGUCAACACACGCCAACACGCGUUCGUACGCGCUCGCACACGUUCGCCCGCGCUCGCACACGUUUGCACGCGCUCGCACACGUUCGCACAGAGACAAAGACCCUCUGGCGUAGCAGUAUCAUUAACCAGUGAGGGUAAUAUGGUGUUCAUAAAAGACACAAUACAUAUGAUGGAGAAUCUAUCUCUGGUACCAAUACCAGAACAAAUUCCAACACCGAUAACUAAUAAAGAAGAUAUAUAUAGAGAUCAAAGCCAGUCCUCUCAAGAUGCGCCUAUCACUGAAUUGUCACACCUAGUAAAUUCAGCAUUAGAUUCAUUAGUUAAACGGUCACCUUCAUUAUCAUCAGUUGAUAACAUAACAGAACAACCCAGACCACCACCACCAUCAACAGAAUCAUCAGCACAAGAUGAGUUUAUGGAAACAUUGGAUGAUUGCUUGUCAACAUUAUUCCAAUUGGUGAAUGGAGAUAUUCUCCAGACAGAAACACCUUCGCAGCUGCAGAAUCGGCCACCGUCACCCCAUCGGGUACAUGUACAGAUACCGGCUCCACAGCACCACCCAUCCUUAUAUCCAUCAUUAAAUAACCACCCGAGUGAUCGGCAGUGUAACCAACAACAACAGCAACAGCAGCAUCAGGAACAACAACAACAACAGCAGGAACAACAGCAGCAGGAGCAACAACAGCAGCAACAGCAGCAGCAGCAGCAACAGCAGGGACAACAACAACAACAGCAGCAGCAACAGCAGCAGCAGGAACAACAGCAGCAGCAGCAACAGCAGCAGCAACAACAAAUUUUGAUAAUGAAUAUAUUACCAUCACAACAACCCUACCAACCACAACAGCAACAACUUAUAUUAGCAUUGCAACAACAACAACAGCAACACAAACAACAACCCUACCUACAACAACAACAGCAACAGGUUUUGAUAAUCAAUAUAUUAGCAUCACAACAACAACAUCCCUAUCUACAACCCCAAGACAUCUCAAGAUCAUUAAUGAAUGAUGUACUUAACCAGUCCGACUCAUCGACAGUCAGUGAUAAUAAUACACUUAGCCAAUCCGACCCAUCAGCUUUUCUUCAAGCAGCAGUUAAUCGUCCCGGUUCGUCUGAGGGUCGACACACUCACGUCCGUCCCUCUUUUAAACGGUCAUCCGACUCAGAGUCCCUCUCCCCCUCCAAGAAAAAAAAGAAAUGUGAUGAUGAUGGUAGUGGUGGUACGGGUGGUGGUGUUGGUAAUAAUUAUGUUGAUGGUGAUGGGGAAUUUUUUACAACUUGUGACGACGAUAAGCACACAAAUGAGCCGUUGCGGAAAUUAUGCAAACGGUAUUACAGGCUGAAGAAGAAAGUAGUCAAACGAUACAGCGGCAGGAGAGAGAGAUGUAUGCCGUGCUUCCACUUACGUUGAACUAUGUUUAAAAUAUCCGCCAUGUGUGAUAUAAUAAAGAGGAGAAAUAGAACACUUAUACAAGAGCACUUAAAGGAGCUCGUUUUAAUUUGAACUGGCUAUGUGAACUAUAAGUGUCGACAAUUACGUCCACAUGUAUGAUAAAAACUAAGAUUUUUAUUACAGUUAUAAUAAUUAUAUGUACAUAUAUACACACGAGUAAAUAUAAAUUAAUAAAUAAUUGAUCAAUAAUUCUUGUUUUAUCUAUUAUACCUGAAGAUGAU